UCUACUUUAUCGUGUCAACGUCAUUGCUGAGCGACCUCAAGGGAAGAGGGCGCCUUGGGACGUAGAGCGGCGGGGUCUUCUCGGGGGACCAUGACGGAGAUGGAGGCCGGCUCGGCUGUUGGGGUGGCGGAGGUUGCGGCGGCGGCUGCUGUGACCUCAGCAGCGGCGCCUUCGGCUCCGGCGCCCCUUCCCACUUGCGUCGAGCUGCCUUCUUUCGAGACUGCGCGAGCGCUGACGGAGAACCGCUACUCUUGCCUUGUGGUGAUGUCGCACCGGAGGCAUAUCGCGCUCCCGCCGCGCUUUCUGAAUCGCAAAAGGACCGGGAUUUGCGCGCAAUUGGAUGCGGAACUGCGCCGCUACUCAGAGAGCUUUCAAGGUGUUCCUGUGGCUUAUGAUGAUAUUAAAAUAACCAAUGAACUGGGUGAUAUAAUUGAUGACAUUGGGGCCAUCCAUCUGGACAUAGAAGCUACUUUUGUUGUCUUUCAGCCUAAGCCAGGGAAAAAGCUUGUGGGUAUAAUUAAUAAAGUGGCACCUAGCCACAUUGGCUGUCUGGUUCAUGAAUGUUUCAAUGCUUCUAUCCCCAAACCAGAUCACAUAUCAGCAGAUGAAUGGAAAAACCUUGGUUUUCAAUUAGGUAAUAGACUAGUAUUUAAGGUGUUACAUUUUGAUUCAGAUGCUGCUGGAGUAUUCUGCAUACGAGGAAGACUGUGUAAAAACAGUCUUGGAGAAGAGACACUGAAGGAGAAAUGCAAGAAAAAACAUGAAAAACAUUGUGAUGUACAUAUUGGCUCGGAGGAGAUGGAAGUUGAUACAUCAAGUGUUGGGAUAGAAGACAGAGAAAUGCAAAAUGGUGAUGAUGAGGAUGAUAAUGGUAUAUGUGAUAAGCCCGAGAGAGAGAAUGGGCAAGAUGGAGCAGAGUCGGGAAUGCAUGCCAGUGACUCAAGUGGUUACCAUAGCGAUCAUGGUAAAUCUAAGAAAAAGAAAAGAAAACUCUGUGAGGACGAAAAUGGACUCCCUGGUUUGUCAAAAUCCAAAGCUAAAAAGAAGAGAAAUGAGUGAAAAAGACUGAAUAAUACCAAUGUGCCUUACCUGUAUUUAGAAUUCUUCUAUCAGAAAUAUUUUGACAUUUUAUAUUGCAUUUUAGCAUCAUAGUUGAUCGGCUGGAGGAAUUGCAUUGUAGAUGCUGUACAUAUGGACUUCAAAAAUGUAUAGAAGAUAAUAAAUAAUAUGAGAAAAGACAUUCAUGUUUUUGUGUAGCCUUUAACCAGCAACUGUUAGUGUUUUUAAAAGUUUUAGGAAAAAAGUCCAAGCCCUAAAUUCAGUUCUUCCUCUGUAACUGUAUAUUUAGUUUUAAAAUAUUCUUUCCAGAGUGAUACUAAAGGAUCUGCCUGAAAAAUUACUAUAUGGAAAUUUCUUUGUGAUCUGUGUUAGGGUCCCAAUUUCUUCCAAGGCUUCUUUUAUACCAACAUUGUAAAGGAGAAAUUGAUCUCUUAUAUUUUAGAUGUAUAUAUAUUAGGAGUAUUUAUGCAAAAUUCUGAUACUUAACUUGGCUGUACUUAAAUACUUAAGGUACUUAAACUAGUACCUUAUUAGAACCUAAUUACAGGUAGUCCUUGCUUAAUGACAACAAUAGGGACCGGAAAAUUAAUUGUUAAGCAGGGUGGUUGCUAAGUCAGGCAUCACAUGACACCACUUGAUUUUAUGACAUUUUUUGUGUUGGUCGUUAAGCAAAUCACAUGGUUCCCCAUUGAUUUUGCUUGCCAGAAG